CUUUGUUUAUAUUUUUAACAUUAAUUAUGGAGUUAUGGAUAAAAUAAUUUGAAAAUAAUCAUAUUUUGUUUGGUAGAUCAACAUAAAUAAGCGAAAUGUAAUAAUAGGUUAGAUUAAGUGGAAGAAUUAAUAAAUUUAAAAAUGAAUAAAAAGCAUAUUGCUGGAAAAGAGCACAUGCAGCGAAUUAAUUACCUUUAUCAGGCAAGUAAUCUAAUGAUAAAGAAGAAUUUACUAUCAACCCAUUAUUGUAACCUUGCCCUUAAUGUUGCCAAAAAGACUGUACAACGACUCGAUAUUUCAAUUAAGAGGACUAUUUGUAAAGGGUGUCACAAUUUACUUAUUUGUGGGGUUAAUGCUAAAGCAAGAAUACGAAAAAAACAUUUGCAAAUAGUCUGUUUUCAGUGUAAUACAGGGAAGAAGUAUAAUUUAAAAAACUACCAACCAAUAUGGACUGAAACUCUAGAGGCACAGGUAGAACAGAUCAACUACUAAUAAUUUGCUACAUAAAAGUACCCAAAGGACUGUAAAUAAUAAUGACCUUUUUCUUAGAAGUACAUUAAUUUGUGAAAUUUUAAUUUAAAAAAAGUUAUUUACA